AUGUAUCAGGAUAAUGCAAAUUUCAAACCUACGGAUAAAAACAAAUUCCAAGCAUCUAUAAGUGAACUGAGGAACAAAAGUUUUGUGACCGAAAAUGAUAUGCUCAAUUAUGAUGGUGGCGCAGUGACUGAAGAAUAUCGGAGACAGUACAGACGGUCUUUAGAGGACCCUGAAGGGUUUUGGGGUGAAGUUGGCAUGGAACUGGAGUGGACCCGACCGUGGGACAAGGUUUUGGAUGACAGCAACCCACCUUUCACUAAAUGGUGGGUAGGAGGGGAAAUGUCUGUAUGCUACAAUGCAAUCGACCGGCACGUCGAAAAUGGUCGCGGCGACCAAGUCGCGCUGGUACAUGACUCGCCUAUAACUGAUACAGUUAAGAGGAUAACUUAUGCCGAAUUACAAGACCAGGUAUCUAAGCUGGCCGGAAAGUUGGCAAGUCUGGGCGUGCGUCGCGGGUCCCGCGUCGUCAUCUACAUGCCGCUCAUACCAGAGGCUGUGAUCGCUAUGUUGGCAACGAACAGGAUUGGCGCGAUACACUCCGUUGUUUUUGGAGGUUUCGCUGCGAGAGAGCUCAGGACGAGGAUCGAGCACGCUAAGCCAACUGUUAUUAUAGCGGCAAGUUGCGGCGUCGAACCUAACAAAAUUGUCAGAUACAAAGAUAUUUUGGAUGAAGCUCUCAGUCAAAGUUCUCAUAAGCCCAACAAAUGCAUAAUUUAUCAACGACGACGUGUUCUAGAAUGUUCCUUAGAAAAAGAUAUGGAUAUUUGUUGGGAAGACGCUUUAAAUGCAAGCCCUGUGCCUUGUGUUUCGACGGAAGCUAAUGAGGCCCUCUACAUACUGUACACUUCUGGUACAACUGAUGAUCCCAAGGGCAUUCAACGUCCUUGUGGUCACGCCGCAACGCUGUGCUGGUCCAUGCAUGCAGUGUAUAAUAUGAAACGAGGCGUGUGGUGGGCGGCCUCAGACCUGGGGUGGGUUGUCGGACAUUCAUACAUUUGCUACGGUCCACUGCUAGCCGGUCUGACAUCUGUUCUAUUUGAAGGAAAACCUGAUAGGACUCCGGAUCCUGGACAGUAUUUCAGAAUUAUAGAGCAACAUCGUGUAAACGCCCUUUUCACGAUUCCAACCGCGUUUCGUGUGCUGAAGAGAUCAGACCCAGCAGGAAAAUAUGCUAGAAGAUAUUGCAAUAAAUCUCUGAAAAAUAUAUAUCUUGCAGGCGAACAUUGCGACCAAGAUACUAGGCAUUGGGCUGAAAAAAUUUUUGGCGUUCCUGUUUUAAACCACUGGUGGCAGACGGAGUCUGGCUCUGCUAUUACGGCCGCCUGUGUAGGAUACGGAGUAAAAGGCGUACACCCACACUCUACUGGCUAUCCGGUUCCAGGAUACGAUUUGCGAGCACUGAGAGAAGAUGGCUCAGAAUGUCCCUCAGGUGAAGUAGGACGCCUUGUUGUAAAACAACCUCUACCACCAGGUUUCGCUUCUACUCUGUGGCAGUCUGAUGAGCGGUUUAAGAAAGUUUACUUCAGCACAUACAGUGGAUUCUACGAUACGCAAGAUGUUGGCUGGAUAAGUGCAGAAGGUUCAGUAUGGGUUGUUGCCAGAGCCGAUGACGUUAUCAACGUAGCUGGUCACAGGCUAUCAACAUCUGCUAUAGAGGAUGUUGUAUUGAAACAUGCUAGAGUCGCUGACGCUGUAGUCGUAGGAGCACCAGAUCAAACAAAAGGAGAUGUGCCAUUGUGUUUAUAUGUCAUGAGACCACCCCAGGAUGAUGAAGAAAUUGUACUCGAGAGUACUGUAACACAAGAACUCAUAGCCCUGGUGCGACAUUUAAUUGGUCCCAUCGCAGCAUUCAGAAAAGCAGUUGCAGUACCAGCUUUACCAAGAACACGAUCUGGUAAAGCACUAAGAGGGGCUAUUUCGAAAUUAGCUCGAUCACAACAAGUAAAACUGCCAGCAACUAUAGAAGAUGCAAGCGUGUUCGGUGAAAUAAAGAUUGCUUUACAAAAAUGUGGAUAUGCAAUUAACGCACCGGACCCAGAAAUA